UACUUCAAGGCUGCAGCUUUAGUUUCUUUUUUUUUUUUCUUUUUUUCAUCUCCACUCUACCCUUUUUGUUUCUUUAUCAUAUUUACAUGUUGAGUGGUUUUUACUGAAUUAUUUACAGCCUAGUUCUAGAGAUCUUUUUUAUGAAUGCAGAAGCUUUUCUUGGUAUUUUAUGGUUUACCCGAGCUUAAUUCUUUGAAUACCCUGUCUGUUUUUUGAUCAUAUUUACAUGUUGGAUGAUUUUUACCGAAUCUUUUACAGCCUAGUUCUAGAGAUUUUUUCAUGAAUGCAGAAGCUUUUCCUGGUAUUUUAUGGUUUACCCGAGCUUAAUUCUCUGUAUUUUCAUAAAAAUUAAAGCUUAAUUCUUUGAAUACCCUUUUUUUGUAGUUUGUUUUAUCAUAUUUACAUGUCGAAUGACUUUUUACUGAAUUUUUACAGCCUAAGUUCUAUAGAUUUUUCUUUUUUAUGAAUGCAGAAGCUUUUUCCUGGUAUUUUAUGGUUUACCCAGCUUAAUUCUAUGUAUUUUCGUUAAAAAUAAAGCUUAAUUCUUAGAAUACCCUUUUAUUUUAUCAUAUUUUCAUGUUGAAUGACUUUUACUGAAUUUUUAAAGCCUAGUUCUAGAGAUUUUUUUUUAUGAAUGCAGAAGCUUUUUCCUGGUAUUUUAUGGUUUACUCUAGUUUUAAUUCUGUCUUUUUCAUCAACAGGAAAAAUGCUCUUUCAUUAUGUUAAAUUAUUUUAGUUGAAUCCAAACUAUACUUUGGUCAAACUAGUGGUGCCACGAUCUAUAGAGUAAGGUUCACUGAUUCAGGACCGCCCUAAGUAUUUUAUUAUUACUUUCCCAUGUUCAAGGUAGCAGGCAUUAUUUUUCUCCCUUAAUAAUGGCAUCGUUGAAUAAAGAAUCUUAUUCCUUUUUUUAAGUAGUUAGAAGGUUUUAGCCGUUGUUGAAUCAUGCCUUUUCCAUUGAUUUAACUUGUAAAAUUGUGUGAUCUAGUUUUACUGUUACUGUGAAAAUUAAUGCUUGUAAAUCUAAUGCUGAAUAUGAUGCAAUAAAUGAAACCAGGUUGGCUCUUUUUCUGGUCGUUUAUACAAAGUUUAAUGUCCUAAGAUUUCGUCUGUGUUCCAUAGGUAUAUCUUUUUUCUCCCUGAAUUUUUCCCCAUGUAUCAUGUCAAGUUCCAUAGACUUUCAUUAGCUGCUUGACUUUGAAGAAUCUUUUCCAUUAUUAAAGUUUGCUUUUUGUUGUUUGGAUUGUAUAUUGAUGAUAAAAGUAUCGUAGAAGCCCUUGUACUAGGAGUCGGAGUCAAAUUGUAUUUUGUUCUCUCUACUCAAAAAAUAGUUAAAUUAGUCUUUAUACUUUAAAUUAAAGAGUAAAUUGGCCUUCUUUUAAAAUUUACAUGUAUUUCUAUUGUUAAAAAUUAGUCUUUGUAUGUCAACACAAGGUAUAUGUGGCAUAUCAUGUGUUACUGUUUGGUUAUUCUGUCAGCCAUGCCAGUUUUUAACAAUAUAAAUGGAUGAAAUUUUUAACAGAAAAAACUCAUUUGCUCUUUGAUCUAAUUUGUAUGGACUAAUUUGCCAAUUUUUUUAGUAGAGAGGUAAAAUACAAUUUAACACAUAAUACAAAGACGAUCAUUAUAUUUUUACCUACCCCUAAAUUUCCUGAUCUAAAUCAUAUUUGUUCCUCUACUUUGUUGCUUUAUUGGAUGUGAUUUUGUGUCUAUUUGUUUAUUGUCUGGUUGAGGGGAGGUUAACUCCAUAUGAAGAAGUCUCCAAAAGUGUGGUCUGCCUAAAGCACUCAUUCUGUGAACCUCGGCUUGAUUCGAGUACUAUACCUAUCCCUUGAGGGGUCUGUUACUCUGGAUAGACAACACUUUACAAAUUUCUCUGGUUGCACUAGGUUUUUGCUAGAUUUCUAGCUUCAGUCACAAUGUUUAGUAGAUGGAGCCAUUCUCAUCAUAACCAACAGAAUGAUUCAUUGCAGCAUGAAUCUAAGGUUAAGGAGCUUAGAGCCGCACUCAGACCACUAUCCGACCGCGGUUUGAAAUAUUGCACCGAUGCCUGCUUGAGGAGAUACUUGGAGGCACGAAACUGGAAUGUCGACAAAUCGAAGAAAAUGCUGGAAGAGACACUCAAAUGGAGAUCAACCUAUAAGCCUGAGGAAAUACGUUGGCAUGAAAUUGCAGUAGAAGGCGAGACUGGAAAAGUAUACCGAGCAAAUUUUCACGACCGAGACGGUAGGACUGUUCUUAUAUUGCGACCGGGAAAACAGAACACUACAUCCUUAGACAAUCAGCUCCGUCAUUUGGUGUAUAUGAUUGAGAAUGCUAUAUUAAACCUUCCAGAGGGUCAAGAACAGAUGGUAUGGUUGAUAGAUUUCACCGGCUGGAGCUUGAGCACGAGUGUUCCGAUCAAGUCCGCUCGCGACACCAUUAACGUGUUACAAAACCACUAUCCCGAAAGGUUGGCGAUGGCGGUUCUAUACAAUCCGCCAAGAAUUUUCGAAGCAUUUUGGAAGAUUGUUAAAUAUUUCCUCGAUGCCAAAACCUUCCAAAAGGUGAAAUUUGUGUACCCUAAAAACAAAGAAAGUGUGGAGCUAAUGAGAUCCUAUUUUGACGAAGAAAAUCUCCCAACUGAUUUUGGAGGAAAAGCCAUAUUGGAAUAUAACCAUGAAGAAUUCUCAAAGCAAAUGGUCCAAGAUGAUAUUAAAUCCGCCACAUUGUGGGGAUUUGACAAUAAACUUCAAUCUACCGGUACGGAUCAGUCUGGACCCGAGAUAACACCCGAGCCAAUCUGUCUCGCACCGGCAGCUAGUUGAUCUAACCGCCCUUGGCUUAUUAUGUAACAAAUAUAUAUAGCCUUUUAAGGGACAUGAGGUAUAAAUUUUCAGCUUUGGUUUUUACUCCAAAAAAUCAUUAUUUGGUGGGUUAAAAUAUGUUACAAAUUUUGUACUUUUCGUAAAUUUAAAAUUUAAUUUUUUUUGUA